AUGGCCCAAUUACAUUCAAGAAAAAGAUCUAAACAUAGUGUUGAUAAGGGUUCACCAUACAUAUCUCCCUUAUCAAAACUACUCAAUUAUGUGUUCUUAAUCAAGAAGAUUCAAGGUAUCAAAGAUGUAAAUUUAAUUAGUUUACUAUACGAAAAGAAAAGAGAACAGAUACACAUGUUUGAUUUAGUAGAAUGUGCAUAUUCUUUAGAUAAUAUAGAAGCAUUGGAGUAUUUCCUAUCAAUGAAUGUACCAACAUUUUUACCAAACUGCACAAUUAAUAAUAAAAAACCAUAUAAUAUCAAUAUCAAUAAUAACAAUAAUAACAAUAAUAACACAACAGCAGCUUUAUCAUCAUCAUCAUUCAAUUUAAACAAUAGUAAUAAUAAUAAUUAUACAACAACAGUAGCAUUAGCAUUCAGUUUAAAAAUAGUUAAAUACCAGUUUAGCCCGAUGCGCAAGUUAAAGCAGCAUAAGCAUUUUAAUAGUAAUGAUAGCAAUAUAAGUAGUGGUAGUAGCGGUUGCAACAAUAAAAACAGUAAUAGCUUUUUAAUUAAUAAUGGUAAUAUAACACUUCCACCACCACCAUCAUCAUAUAGAAAUUUAAUUAAAAUAGAGCACAAUAUUUAA